GGUUCAGCCAUGGACUAUACUGGGAAUAUUUAUUUGUACUCCAUGCUCGUGCUACUUGCACGGCAAACGCUAUCGAUUUGUAUACCACCCAACCACUGCAUUGAGGACAUGGACUAUAGCGAUGCCAAGGAACGAUUUGGCUAUGUACUUGCGAAAUAUGCCGAGCUGCAAAUGAAAAUUAGUGGAGUGCCUCUGGGUUUGCAUGGCAAGCUUGUCACGCACGGCAACAUCGAGGAACAGCAUAUAGUGUUCCAGCUGAUGGACAAUACGCCGCACGACGUCAUUCAGAGCUGCGUGUUCGUGGUUACCAAUGCUCCGGGUGAGUGCGAGUCAAUUGUGACUGUCUGCAACACAUUCCUGGGGCGCACACCGCGGCCUCUGCUGGAGCGCAAGCCAUUGACGGUCUGCGAGGAUGGCGUGCGCGAAGCGGAAGUGGAUAUGGAAGAGGAAGAGGAACCGGAUGCCGAGGACACUGAGGUUGCCAAUGAGGGCAAAGAAGCAACGUCAGCCACGGCAGCCACGGCAACGGAUGUCGAUGUGACCAGCGACAGUGAGCUCAUCUAGACCUUUGAACAUAUGGAUUAAUUUGUGUUAGCUUGGACGAAGCUUUAACAUUUUGAAUCUCUAUAUUCAAAUGAUUUCCAUAA